AUGAGUUCCGCGGAUGCGUCCCUCAACAGUUUCCUGGUGGAAUCUUACACCUAUCUCUCCCUCGGCCUUCUUAUCAUUUUACUGCGCACGUUUACUCGCGUUCGACAGGUCGGCUUUGUCGGUCUGGCGCUGGACGACUAUGCUAUGUUGGGCAUCAUAAUCCCAUACAUUUCAGAGAGUAUCAUGGCACAAGCUGUUGGGCAACAAUUCCAUGGAGUCUCCAAUAGCGGCAUGACCGACGCUCAGCGUGCUGCCUUAAACCCGGACAGUGACGAAUAUGGAUGGAGGGUCGCAGGGUCCAAGGUCCAAGUUGCCGGUUGGUGUAUGUAUAUCUCAGUUCUUUGGGGCAUCAAGCUGUCCCUAUGCGCAUUUUACUCUCGUUUAACGGACGGCGUUCAUGGCUACCGCCCAAAAAUCCUCGGAGGAUAUGCCUUCCUUGGAGUCACAUACCUUUUCCUGAUUCUUUGCUUCCUGCUUAGCUGUCAGCCCAUGCAUAAGUUUUGGCAAAUCAACCCGGACCCAGGAAAUCUUUGCCAGCCCGCCCUUUCAAAGCUAUAUAUCCUUUCGACGCUUAUCCUAAACAUCACCACAGACAUCUACCUUAUCCUUAUCCCCAUUCCCAUGCUUUGGGGGACGCAACUCCCGACCUUUAAGAAGUUGACUCUAGUUGUGGUAUUCUCGGGAGCUAUGUUCGUUAUGGCCGCUGCUAUUGUUCGCAGUAUUGUCAUUUUUCAGAACGAGAUUGACGGUCCCAGGCAAGGUUCGUCCUGGGCUAUCCGCGAAUCUUUCGUCGCCGUAAUCACCUCGUGUAUGCCCGUGAUCUGGGGCUGGCUCAAGAUCAAGCUUAAGCCCUUCCUCGGCUCUCUACUGUCUUCUCAGACAAAGAAGACUGGGCCGGAACCCGGGAGCAUCAUGCUCGGCGACACCAACGACGGCUCUACUUGGCGAUCAGCCAAGAACACCACCACAAGUCGAACUAUCACCUCCCGUGCCAUGCCCGACGAAGAGCGAAGCAGUUCGGAACUGAGCCUCAACACCGCCUUAGGUGGUCCCAAGGGUGGCAUCAAGAAGGAGGUCGCCAUUUCCGUCUCAUCAGCCAAGGCAGCCGAUGAUCUGGAGACUGGAGGCCGGCCGGUUCCCACCAAUGCUCAAAUUAGUGACAACAAGUGGUAA